AUGACCGAGCGCUCGACUUCUGGCUUCGACUACGAUCCAUCCCUUGAAGAUUUCGCCGUCUCAAAGGAGGCCUACCUCGGCUCUCGUCCAAAUGCAUCAUAUGAAUUCAUAGCGACUGCUGCGAUAGUGGUAGAUACCAAAAGCUCCGGCGGUCCACGUAUCCUGCUCCUUCAGCGUGCAGCGAGCGAUUCAAACCCGAACAAAUGGGAGCCUCCAGGCGGUGCCUGCGAUGACGAGGACGAGAGCAUUCUCCAUGCUGCCGCUCGAGAGCUCCGAGAAGAAGCUGGCCUUGAAGCAGCGCACAUUGAUGGCGCGGUGGGAGACCCUCACCUCUUCGUUAGUCGGAGUGGCAAGCGGGUAUGCCAAUUCAACUUCGCCAUACAAGUGCAGGCCGAGAAUGGAGGUCCUACUUCGGUGAAGCUGGAUCCCCAAGAGCAUCAAAACUUCGUGUGGGCUACGGAGGACGAAGUGAAAGCAAAGUUUGCCGGUGGAGUGGAUCUGGACUUCACGUCGACCGAGGUUGAACGCACCAUACUCUUGGCCUUUGAGUACUUCAGGCGAAAGACGACGCCAUGA